CCGUUCCCACUUUUGAAAUCAAUACCUUCACACCUAGCAUCUAGUAUAAAUGUUUGAUUAACGUUCUAUCCGGCUUUAUCCUGAUGUCAUCUGCAAUGGCUCCACACCAAGUCCUCACUCUGAUGGUUGUCGGUGUUUGCAUGUUUAUGCAAGUACAAGGAGCCCGAUGCCCCCUUGGGUUUGUCAGACAUAAGAGAUCAUGUUACUGGUUCUCCAUAACCAAAGGAUCCUUCUCGGAAGCUCGGUCCAUGUGCCGAUAUUUGAAGAGUGACCUUGCCAAGGUGACAAGUAAAGAUGAGAAUGACUUCAUCAGGCAUUUUGCGCUGGUUCGUGGAAAAGCCCCACUAUAUUUCCUGGGUGGCAGUGACGUCCGCCAGACGGGGAGGUGGUCGUGGAACGGUGAAGAACAACGGAUGAUCUUCACCAACUGGGCACCGGGAGAACCAAAUAACCAUUUAACAGAACGCUGUCUUGUCCUCUGGAAAUCGCGGCAUUACCAAUGGGCUGAUUAUCAUUGCCACGCAGUCAUUAACUAUGUUUGUGAAUGUCCAGUUUUGUAAUAAAUCAUUACUGACAUGGCAA